AUGAAGGAAGCCCGGGGCGUCGGAGGCGCCCCUUUCUGCACCCGCCUCAACCACUCCUCCUACCCGGGCCUGUGGGCGCCCGGGCGCUCGCCGGAGGCGCGGGGCAAUCUCACGCGCGCCCCGGAGCCCGGCGAGGACUGCCGCUCGGUGUCGGUGGUGUACCCCAUCACCAUGCUCCUCACCGGCUUCGUGGGCAACGCGCUGGCCAUGCUGCUGGUGUCGCGGAGCUACCGGCGCCGGGAGAGCAAGCGCAAGAAGUCGUUCCUGCUGUGCAUCGGCUGGCUGGCGCUCACCGACCUGGUGGGGCAGCUGCUCACCAGCCCCGUGGUCAUCGUGGUGUACCUGUCCGAGCAGCGCUGGGAGCACCUGGACCCGUCGGGGCGGCUGUGCACUUUCUUCGGCCUGACCAUGACCGUGUUCGGCCUGUCCUCGCUCUUCGUGGCCAGCGCCAUGGCCAUCGAGCGGGCGCUGGCCAUCCGCGCGCCGCACUGGUACGCGAGCCACAUGAAGACGCGCGCCACCCGCGCGGUGCUGCUCGGCGUGUGGCUGGCGGCGCUGGCCUUCGCCCUGCUGCCCGUGCUGGGCGUGGGCCAGUACACCGUGCAGUGGCCCGGGACGUGGUGCUUCAUCAGCACCGGGGGAGGGGGCGGCGGCAACAACAACGGGACGAGCUCCCAGCGAAACUGGGGCAACCUCUUCUUCGCCUCCACCUUUGCCUUCCUGGGGCUCUCGGCGCUCGCCGUCACCUUCGCCUGCAACCUGGCCACCAUCAAGGCCUUGGUGUCCCGCUGCCGAGCCAAGGCCAUGGCCUCGCAGUCCAGCGCCCAGUGGGGCAGGAUCACCACCGAGACGGCCAUCCAGCUCAUGGGGAUCAUGUGCGUGCUGUCGGUCUGCUGGUCACCGUUGCUGAUAAUGAUGUUGAAAAUGAUCUUCAAUCAGACAUCAGUUGAACACUGCAAGACGCACUCAGAAAAGCAGAAGGAAUGCAACUUCUUCUUAAUAGCUGUGCGCCUGGCUUCUCUGAACCAAAUCUUGGAUCCCUGGGUCUAUCUGCUGCUAAGAAAGAUCCUCCUUCGGAAGUUUUGCCAGAUCAGGAACCACAAAAACAAGUAUGCAUCCAGCUCCACCUCCUUACCUCACCAGUGCUCCUCAACAUCGAUGUGCACUGACCAUUUGGAAAGACCACAUUCCCAUGUGAAGCAUCUCUUCAUCUAUCAAGGAGGGAUGGCCAAGAAGACUUGCUCAUGA